AUGCCUGCGCCAAAAACACCAUACCAGCCGUACGCUGAUGUGCACAAGGAGACACACGGACCUGGCGAUGCACGACCGACUGCUUUGAAAGUAAUCCAAGACUGCGGCAUGAUUGGCAAGCUCACAGACAAGACGAUUGCCAUCACUGGAUGUAGCGCAGGCAUUGGCAUUGAGACCGCUCGCGCCUUGUACGAGGCUGGCGCCAAGCUGAUAUUAACUGCUCGUGACAUGGCAAAGCUGAACAGCAAUAUCGACGGCAUUGUGACUAACGCGAAGCACAACAAGAACGGCACUCGACCCAUAGCUGUAAAGCUAGAUCUCACCUCACUAGCGAGCACCCGCGAAGGUGCUGAGCAGAUCAAGGAACAUGCUAACAACAACCUGAAUAUCUUGAUCGAGAAUGCUGGAAUAAUGGCAGUGCCUUACGAGAAGACAGCGGACGGCUUUGAGAUGCAUAUGGGCGUCAAUCAUUUCGGCCACUUCCUGCUGUUCCAAAUGCUCAAGCCUCUACUCCUCGAGUCUGCCAAGAAAAGCGGUACCGCGUCUCGUGUCAUCACUGUCUCCAGUCAAGGCCACUCUUUAUCCACGAUUCGGUUUGACGACAUGCACUGGAACAAAGACCCAGACAGCUACCAUAAGUUCUCGGGCUAUGGCCAGAGCAAGACCGCCAAUGUGUAUCUGGCCAGCAGUAUCGACCGUCACUACAGCUCUGCCGGUAUCACUGGGCUCUCUCUUCAUCCUGGCGGCAUCCUAGAUACAGCCUUAGGCCGACAUAUGACCCCAGAAGACUGGGCAGUUUUCGGCCCACUCGAGCAGUUCCAGCCUGUCCUCAAGAACUGCGAACAAGGCGCCGCUACCACCGUUUGGGCAGCUGUGAGCCCUUACUUCGAAGGCAAGAACGGUGGUCGAUACUUGAGCGAUGUAGGAGAGGCUGAUCCACUACCCAGCGGGCACAGUGUUGCUGCGGCCGGUUAUGCAAAGCAUGCAUACGACGAACAGGCAGAGGAGAAGCUGUGGAAGCUGAGCUAUGAGGCUGUCGGUCUUCAGGAGGAUUAA